UUUUCUCAACCUUUUAUUUGGUUAAGACUUUUGGAAAUUUACAUUAGAGGCAAGUUCCACGCAGCAUCUACUUCUAGUACUAAGAAUAUAUAAAGUUGUACUACCAGACUCUGAAACUUAAAAAUCUGAGUUGGCUGCUAUUUCUUUUGCUUGUACUCAAAAUCAUAUUUCAGUACUAAUUAAUAGUCUCUCAAUAUGGAAACAGACAUGUCUUUCUUGUCUAAAACUUCAAGUAGCAGCUCUAGUGAUGAUGAUAUUGAAUUGAGGAGAGGUCCAUGGACUAUUGAAGAAGACAAUCUCCUUGUCCAUUACAUUACCAAUCAUGGGGAAGGCCGAUGGAAUAUGCUAGCUAAACAUGCUGGUCUGAAGAGAACAGGCAAGAGUUGCAGAUUGAGAUGGCUGAAUUACCUUAAACCGGACGUUAAACGAGGAAAUCUCACUCCACAAGAACAGCUCAUGAUUCUUGAACUUCAUUCCAAGUUGGGCAACAGAUGGUCAAAAAUUGCGCAUUAUCUACCGGGGAGAACGGAUAAUGAGAUCAAGAAUUACUGGAGAACGAGAGUGCAGAAACAAGCGAGGAAUCUGAAGAUUGACGCGAAUAGUGCAGCAUUUCAAGAAAUGAUUCGUUAUUUGUGGAUACCGCGGCUUCUUCAAAAGAUACAGAGCUCCUCUUCUGUUAUGCCAUCAAUUCAAAGUCCACAAUCAACUCCACAAGGUUUCAACAUAGAGAAAAACAGCACCAACACCAGCAGGUGCAGCAGCUGUUCAAGUUCACAUUCGUCGAAUAUCUAUAAUUCUACCAACAUUAUGUCAGAAUGUCCUAAAAUUCCACCACGCGACAUUGGCGAUUCUGACUUAAAUUCAUUUGUCAAGGCUCAUUUUCCAGUUGAUGACAACAGUUAUGAUGUGGAUAAUUAUGGACAAUUAGCAACUGGAAAUUACUAUAACGAUGUGAUGGAUUAUGACCAAAUGAGUGGAGAUCAAAACAAGCUGACUGGUGAUGUUUUAUCUGACAGCUUUUGGAGCAAUAUGGAUGAAUUUUUCUACCAGAAACAGGAUAUGAGCCAUUGUAGAUAGGAAUACUAAUAGUUGAUAUGACUUGAUUGAAGUUGAUAUGGCUUGAUUGAUGCUAGUUCUAAAUUCAACUGUUCCUUAUUAUUAAAGGAAAAAUUGUGGGCAGUGGAAUAGGUUUACGAGAUGAAAAAUGGAACCAUCACCAACAAGUUAAAAAAACAUAUAGUCAAUUACCUGAGCUAAUAAGAUUUCUCGAGUUUCUUGUUCUUGAAAAAAAAAAAACGAGUAGUAUUUUUCUGUUCCAACACUUACAUUUCCUAAUAGAGGGGAUUGAUUGUAUGAAGAAGUCAAAAGUAGAAUAAUGUGUGUAAAAAUACUGAUAAAAAUGUCAUUGAAAGCACGAAUAUUGUUCUUUUGAUA